AUGGCAGCUGAGCAACCAAAGGUGGCUACUGAGGAUGCAAAGAUUGAUCUUUUUGAAGACGAUGACGAGUUUGAGGAGUUUGAGAUUGAUCAAGAGUGGGAGGCUAAAGAGGAAGGCAAAGAAGUAACUCAGCAGUGGGAGGAUGAUUGGGAUGAUGAUGAUGUGAAUGAUGACUUCUCACUGCAGCUAAGGAAGGAGCUGGAAAGCAACAAGGACAAAAACUGA